GUUCACGCGGGGCGCAGUCGCAUUUUGCGCAAAACCAAUUUCUCGAAAGUAAACAAAACAGCAAAGAACUGCCACUUUGGUCAAAUCGCCUUUCCAGUCAUCUCCCCAAACUGCCACAAUCGACACGAAAAAUCACAAAAGACGAUCAGGUCGACAAUGUCGGCAGAAGUAGUCGAGACGGGUCAGACGACGCAACAGCGCAAGAAGCCGAUUCGAACAUAUGGCAGGCGAUCUGCCGCCGCCGCCGCCAAAGGAGACUCGAAAUCCUCGACGCCACGACAGCUGAGUCCAGAAGACACACCAGCACCACAGCUACCGCCGCCGCCCAGCUCACCAGGCACCAUUCCUCCGUCCGACGAAUGCCCAAAGCCAAACGCGCCCAAGUCCGGAUCGAUACUGUCUUACUUCAAGGCAAAGCCCAAGACAGCCGCACCCAGUAAAGCGACUACGCCCGCACCAUCUGCCUCCGAAGAGUUGAUAUCGACACCUCCUUCGCCGCCGCCUUCUAGCUCCGGACAGAGAAAGCGCCGCAGAUUGACCACCCGUCCCACCUUCGACGAUGCACACGAUGGUGAAAAUCAAGAUUGCAAGAAAAUGAAGGAAAAUGGGGACGAGACACCAGGAGCGGAGAAUAGGACACCGAUCGUCACGCCUUCAGCCUCUCAAACCGAGACCGAUUCUACAGGAACUACAACCUCGAAACAGCUUGUUGCCAAAAAGAAGCGAACAUCAAAGACCCCAACAAAGGAAAUGGUGCAGACCACCUUGAGCCUCGCUAUUGGUGAAGCACGGCCCCAGUUCAUUGUUUGCAAAGAGUGCAGUAUGCUCUACAACUACCUGAAUGACAAGGACCGGAGAGACCACAAGAGGGUACACGCGGCUUAUAUCCGGAGCAAAAACAAGGAAUUAAAUCCGUGAAUAAUGUCUGGACGGAUCUCGCAACGCCCCUUUGAUUUUGGAUGAUCUGCAAACUCCUGCCAAGGAACGGUUCAUUAGCGCAUCACCACUUUGGGGCGGUUACAUCAUUGAUGUUGUUUGUUCAGACCUCUGGGAAACUACAAAAUGAUCAUGAUGGUUCCGUCUAGACAGGCCUCGGCAAUAGGACAUAGUAUUACGGUCAUCUAAAGUAACCAAGUGCCUACAAAGUCGACAACAUGGUCUACCAGCACGG